AGCAAUGAAGACCUUCACGACCCACAAAUUUCUCACCAUUUUCUCUCUUCUUAUCUUCCUCUUUUCCUCUUUGUUUCCUUCUCAAUCUUUGUCCCCUGCAGGUACAAUUCUAAGAACCACAAAACAACAAGUCCUAGCCAGCCUCCAACCGAGUCAUGAAACCACACCAACAUCUAGCUCAUCCCAGCUUUUCCUCACUUCCCCUUCAGGACAAUAUGCGGCCUAUCUCCUAAGAGAAACAUCCAAUGGUGCUGGAGGCUUUGGAAGUGAAUUUUGUUACAUCCGAGUCCAAGAAAGCAGUGUGAUUAUUUGGGUAUCCAAAUGUGCUUCUAUAAGCAACAUUAACACAUGCAGCCUAGUUUUUUCAGAUGUGGGACUUGAAAUAUUUGAUGGGAGUCGAUCUGCAUGGGACACAAAGGCCAAUGGGAAGCUUUUGAAGACAUUGAAUUUGCUUGAUUCUGGGGACAUGCAGAUAAGAGACAAAGAUGGGAAGCUUGUGUGGAAGGCAAGUGAUAAUCCUAUUAUUAAUCAAAACUGCGGGUCCCAGCCUUCAUCAAGCUUUAAUCAGCCAUUUUCUUCUACCAAUCAGCCUUUAUCAGGGUUUAACCAGCCAUUUUCUUCUACCAAUCAGCCUUUAUCAGGGUUUAAUCAGCCAUUUUCAUCUCAAAAUCAGCCUUUUGGGACUAAUAACCAGCAAGGUUUAGUGGGCAACACACCUUUUGGUAAUGGGGUUUCAAGAAAAAAACCAUUCAUGGGAGGAGUUGUUUUAGCUUCUCUGAUAAUUACGUUUGGUUUUAUUGUUUAGUAUGAUAGUGUUGACAGACGUAUCAUAAUCAGCAUUGCACAUGGCCUGUGUGUGUAUGUUUUUGGACAUUUUGGCUUAUAUGACGAUUUGAAUUCAUGCAUUCUGUUGCUAGGUACAAAGAAAAACAUCUUUUUUUUAGAGUUGCACUUUUGAUGGUGGAGUGUAUCAAGUGUCCAACAAUUGACAUGGGUGCGAUGGAACUAUCCAAGAGCGUAGUUUAGUGGUAGGAAUUCCUUGUAACCUGAGAGCUUUGAGUUCGAGUAAUAACAUGUU